AUGAGAUGUAAUAAAUAUAAAAUGAGUGUACCUAAAAUUAGUACAAUUUUGUUCAUACUUCCAUUAACUACUAAAGUAUUUGUACAAUGCGAAGAAAUUGCUUCUAAGAUUACGACUAAAAGUAUUGUGACGCCAUACAAAACGUCAACAAAAUUGCCAACGAAGUCGCCUAAGUUGUCAACGAUUGGGAAUAUCCUACGCCAAGAGCACAGCUACACGUGGCCGGCGAAGACAAAAAAAUUCAAUGGACGCACGGCGCCAUUCCGAGAUACACUCCCUGAUCAAUGUGAUUUCAUAAUAAAAUAUUGUCACAAGACAUAUGCAACUUCAGCUAUAUGUGCGAGGACUUUAUAUUAUGAAUAUCAAACAUUUAAAAACUACUGCAUGUUAGAUUUCGUCAACUGCAGGGAAGGACAUGAAAUUUGGCAAAUAUUACAUAUGGGUAAAUGUUACACAUUAGAAGAGGCAUCACCAGCUGAAUUCAUAUAUUCAGGGGACACAUUCCUUUCAAAUGAUUAUGUGGUAGACAGACAUACAUUCAAACUGCAUGAAAUGCCACGUUACAUCCAAGAAAGGGAACAGUGAAAUCCUCACAAUAUCUACAAGGCAUUGUUUGAUGCAUGCUGUACAAAAUAUUGAUCAAUAUGUUGAAUGUUACCGCAGAGGUUG